AUGUCAGAGAGCCGCUUCUGCUCCCCUGCCUUGCCUGCUGUUGGGCUGACUGGGCUGGGUUUUGGAAGCAUUCCCAAGACACAAGAAGAGGCGCUAUAUCUACAAGAAGCAGGCAUCACUCCAGAUCAUGUUGUGAUGCUGGAAGCUCCUGAUGUCGUCCUGAUUGAAAGGAGCUCGGGCCAGAGGAUAGACCCUGUCACAGGAGAUGUAUAUCACGUCACCUUCAUGUGGCCUGAAAGUGAAGAGGUUGCACAGCGUUUAGAAACACCUAGUACACUGAUGCCAGCUAAUCUUAUAGCCAAGAAGCUUCAGAAGUUCCACACAGAAGCUCAUGCUGUGAAGCGCACAUUCCACAGCUGCCUGAAGACCAUCAAUGCUGACCAGCCCCAUGUAGACGUCUUCUCACAGGUUUGUUGUGGUAAGCUUCUGAAGGCAGUGUCAGCUGAUGAGAGCCAUAUGGGGGAGCUCAUUAAACCCUACCUGGAGUCAGAACAGCAAGUGCCAUCAAGUAUAGUCCUGCGGAUCCUUACUGAGAGAUUGAGCAGGAUGGACUGUACCACACGAGGCUGGGUGCUCCAUGGCUUUCCUCAAGAUGUGGAGCAGGCAGAAGAACUCCAAGAGUCUAAUUUCAUACCAAACAGGCUCUUCUUCCUGGAGAUAACUGAUGACAUUGCUAUUGAGAGGGUAACACUUAGGGGUGUGGAUCCUGUGACUGGAGAAUGGUAUCACAGCAUAUAUAAACCUGUCCCUGGUCCAGUGCAGGCCCGGCUUCGAUUUAACCCACGGCAUUCAGAGGCACAACUGCUAAAGAGGCUUAAGGAGUACUGGAACCAUACAGCGGACCUGCAGGCCUUCUACCCACAGGCAGUUUACAUCAAUGCUGGCCAGGACCCACACACCGUGUUUGAGUCACUGGAGAGUAGGCUUGUGGGCCAACUACCCAAAGUCCUGUCUAACCGAGAAACAUCUGAGAGCUAAACACUGUUAUAGGGAUACUCCACCCAAAAACAUUUUCUCUCAUCAUUCACUCACCCUCAUGCCAUCCCAGG